AUGCUGACCUUUGGCACUCUCGCCGCCGGGCGCACCUGCCCUGCUGCCGCGGAGGGGUCGCUCGACUGCCUCUCCGCCCGCGUCGACAACAGCUGGAUCGACCAGCUCGAACCGGACCCGGAGGCACGGCCGCCAAACAAGCAGGCCCGGGAGGUGCACUCGGGCCACUACGUCAUCGUCAAGCCCACUCCACUGCCGCGGCCGUACCUCAUCGCAUGCAGCCCGGCGGUCCUCGAGCUACUGGAGAUCGCGGCCGGCGAGUGCACACCCGACACGCCGUUCGUGCGGCUAUUUGCGGGCGAUGUCGACGCGGUGGCCGGCUUUGAGCAGACCUGGGCGACGCCUUACGCGCUCUCCAUCUACGGCUCGGAGGUUCAGCCCAACGGGGCCGGCCCAACGGGCAACGGGUAUGGCGACGGCCGCGCUGUCUCGAUCGCCGAGGUCCUCACCUCUGCGGGCGCGCGGUGGGAGCUGCAGCUCAAGGGCGCCGGCAAGACGCCCUUCUGCCGCAACGCGGACGGGCGCGCGGUGCUUCGCUCCUCGGUUCGCGAGUACCUGGCGUCGGAGGCGAUGCACCACAUGGGCGUUGCGACGACGCGCGCUCUCUCACUCGUCGGGUCGGCCGACGAGACG